AUCCAUGAAAAGUUAGCAUUUACCGGUGUACACAAUAUAGCAAUAAGCAAACCGCGUAAAUUGUUUGUUUUCUUUGGGAAAAUAAAAAAGUGAGUGCAAUCGAAUCACUACGAUGACUAUGCUUUAUGGUGGCGAUGAAAUUGGGGCAUUGGUAUUUGAUCCCGGCCACCAUUCAUUGCGCGUGGGUUACGCUCAAGAGGAUUCUCCCAAAGCAGAGAUACCUUCUGUUGUGGGUAUUGGCACAAACGGUGCUAGCGACACUAAUUUAGAUCCAGAGACUAAAACCGACAACAAUGCAACGCCAAACAAUGCAGAUAAUCGCAAAUUUUAUGUUGACACAAACUAUGUAAAUGUUCCGCGCUCACAGAUGGAGACGCAAACCUAUAUGAAAGACGGCAUGAUUGAUAAUUGGGAACUCUUCGAGAAGGUGCUCGAUUAUGCGUACGCAAAUGUUAUACAAUCUGAGCCCGAGUAUCAUCCUGUGCUGUUCUCAGAGGCAUCUUGGAAUGUACGCAACAAUCGCGAGAAACUCACAGAGCUAAUGUUUGAGAAAUACAAUGUACCAGCAUUCUUUUUGGUAAAGAAUGCUGUGCUGGCGGCCUUUUCGAGCGGUCGUGCCACAGCUUUAGUAGUUGAUAGUGGCGCUACACACACCUCCGCAGUGCCCGUGCACGAGGGUUAUGUGCUUUCUCAGGCUGUAGUUAAGUCGCCACUUGGCGGCGAUUUUCUUUCCAGACAGUGUCGAACGCACUUGGAGAAGCACGGUAUUGACUUGUCACCCGUGUACAAAAUCGCUAGCAAAGAUGUAGUAAAGGAGCGUGAUAAUGCACGUUUUACAUUGCGCAAACUGCCCGAGAAUCUCACACAGUCGUGGCAGAAUUAUAUGCUGCAGCUUAUGAUGCAGGACUUCCAAAUGAAUGUGCUUCAGGUGCUCGAGAAUCCCUUUGAUGAGCGCGUCGCUUCACAAAUACCCAUGGUACACUACGAGUUCCCCAAUGGCUACCACCAGGACUUUGGCUCAGAGCGUUUUAAAAUUGCCGAAAGCCUUUUCGAUAAUGCCAUGCUGGGCGCUGGCCAAUUAGCUUCCACCAGCGUUGGCAUGUGCGAUGCUGACGUGCGUCUGUCGCUUUUUGGCUCUGUUGUGGUUACAGGUGGCAACACAUUGCUGCAAGGAUUCCCCGAGCGUCUUAAUCGCGAUUUGCAGCUAAGAGCACCCUCGAACACACGCUUGAAGAUGAUUUCAGCUAACGGCAGCGUAGAGCGUCGAUUUGGUUCCUGGAUUGGAGGCUCCAUACUUGCCAGCAUUGGCACUUUUCAGCAAAUGUGGAUUUCCUCGCAGGAGUAUGAAGAAGCUGGAAAAAGUCAAGUGGAGCGCAAGUGCCCCUAGACGUGUACUUCCCAUUUUAAUUGUAAUUUUCUAUAUAAACUUUUGUAUGCGCUAUAAAUUUCAUAACCAACUGGUCACGAACUAUGUAUGUAUAAAAGCCAAAUUAUAUGGCCAAUAAGCUCAUGACCUGUUCUUCUUUUAACGAGAUUGUCGUAAGCUUUCAUAAUAUUCCCGAAAUAGACUGCGCUACAAAACACUCGCGCCAACACCACACAAUAAAAUAUAAUUUAA